CUUACAUGUUCCAGAAUCCAGACGGAGCCGGGAGGGUACACUGCUUACUAGUAACUACUAAUACUCGGUCGUUGUUUGUUUCGAACUGCAGCGCUCAGCACUAAAGGCUAAUCUGUGGUGCGUUCCAACACCCCGAGUCCUUCAGAUUUCUGGAUUUUGAGAUGCAUAUGAAAAUCCACCACUAAAGUAUAUAUUACAAUUAUGUUAUCAUCAGAGAACCGACGAGUCCUUCAGGCUGCAUUACGUUGAUUCCAGCGCCUUGACGUCGUAAUAUAACUUUAUACAUUGCUUUUAGCGAUGAAAAUAAAAGACAUGCUCUGCCGGCAUGUAAUGGUAUAUCCAAUACAACUUUCUCACCAGUCCUCUUAUGCGCCAUAGCGGUCCCGGUCUGCUCAAGGAUGGACACGCUCCAGCGGUCAAUACCAGCGUCGAGCAAGAGGAACAGCUGUAUGAUACGGACAUAAGCGCCUGGCCCACUCAUGGUCACAUAGGGUCGUGUUCCAUUCCACGGGAUCUCCUGUUCCCGGGGCCAACAGCCACGAGGCUUGUGUCACGAAUGAUGCAUAACACGUGCCCGCGAUCCAGUUCUGCACCUGCGGAUGACGACCUCCUGACCAACGAGAGUCCGAUUGAGGCGUCUAUUGAGGAAGGCCUAGCCAGGACUAUGUCAAGCACUCUGGAGCAGACCACGGACAAUGGGAUCGAGCCGAAUGAAAAUCCUGCGAUGUCCACCGAAAAAAACCUUGCUAAGAUCUCAGAUACGCUGGCGCAGAUUCUCGAUGUCCUUAAAGAAUCGACUAUCGCAGAAGAACGCGGAAAAGAUGACAAUUCAAAGUUUUGGGCAACGUACAAAAAAGUUUCGACUGAGCACGACGACGACUUCCUCGAUCGGGCCAAUGAUGAUAUGGGCAUUAUCCUGACUUUCGCUGGUCUGUUCUCAGCGGUCAACUCCACCUUCAUCGUCGGAAUGCAGCCUGAUCCAGGAGACACUACCAAUGCCCUCGUCCUCCAACUCAUACAGAUAAUUGCUAAUGGCCCAAAUUCCGUACCUGGCAUCAGCACUCUUUCCUCAUCUACGGGAUUUUCCUCUUCGACGGUCUGGACGCAAACACUUGCCUAUGCUAGCCUCGCAUUUAGCGUCUUGGCUGCGUUUGGGGCUGUCUUAGGCAAACAAUGGCUGAACU